GUAGCUUCGGGAUGACGUAAGACGGAACGUUCCUCGACUUACAAAUGGAUUCAAGCAAAACUGUGUCCAGAAGGAAAGCGGACGUUCCUGCGAUCAGAUCAAGAGCAUCCGACAAGAACCAGUUUUUCCAGGAGGUGAAAGUCAGUGCUCAGCUUGAUCUCAGGAGGGUGCUUGGACUUCUUGAAGAUCCCCUGACUACGAACCUGAAGGAGCGGCACCUCUUUGUCCUGAGAAAAACACUGAAAAGAAGCCAGAAUGGUUUUCUUCUGAAGGAGCUGGCGGACGUAGCCAGAAUACUGAACAUCUGUGCGGCCAAGGUGAAGGAUCACCCUGAGUAUGGGCUCAUUUUGUGUGAAGCACUCCAGAUUUGCAGACUUCCCUUCCUGAAGGAAAAAACAUCUGAUGAGCUGAACUAUGCUCAAGACGUCAUAGAGUUCCUCUCUCACAUGGGGUGUCUCAUGAGGGUGUCAGAUGCUGAAGUGAGACAUGAGAUAGUUGAAUGUGUCAAAUCCUUCUACAGCUGCGUGGCUCCAACACAGCUGCUCGAUGGGCUCCGGCCGACGUCUCCAGGCUACAGGCUGCAGCUGCUGGAGCACAGUGAUCUGGCUCAGACGCUGUUUCUGUCCAUGUCUGCGCUGGAGAACCAGCCUGCGAUCAAGCUGCAGCUGCUGCAGACGCUUCAGAUCCUCUCCAGGUCGUCUGAUUUGAACUGUGCUUUGAUCCUGGAAGCGCGGGGAGCGGAGGCCAUCUGCCUGCACAUGAACGAACCCGACCCGUCCGGCUGCAUCCUGUCCCGCUCCUCUGAAAUCCUGUGGAACCUGCUGGAGCGAGGCAGCAGGGAGCAGGUCACCAGGCAGCUCUGCAGCAUGGAGUGUGUUGUGUCUCUGAAGGAGGCCUUUUUUCAGCAGCUCAUGAACUGUUCGCUGCCGCGUGACCUUCAGCUCAGAAAUGACCUGCUGGUGGUCACAACUCUUAUUGCUGAAAGCCCCAACUCUCUGCUGAUUGACAGUCUGUUUGCUAAACAGCUCAUGGCCUUUGUCACAUUUCCAGAAUUGAGAAAACCGAAAUCUGUGGCUUCCAGCUUUAAGCUGAGCUACAACAGCGAAGACUUGGAAAUGAAGAAGCUGCUGCUGAAUCUGUUGGUUUUAAUGUCGAAGGACGUUGCUGCAGUGCAGCUUUACAAAGAGGAGCAGGUGAUGCUGGCGCUGCUGACGCUCAUUAAGCCGCCGCCGGCGCCGCUCCAGCGCCGGCCCGGUUCGCGCCACUGGUCUCGCUUCCAGCAGGAGGAGCUCCAGCUGCAGGCGCUGGCCGCCUUCAGCAGCAUCGCUCCGCUGAUGCUGGACGAGUACAUGUGCUGUCAGGGAAACGCCUGCCUCCUGCUGCUGCUGGACUGGUGCACUGGGAAAGAUGCUUCCUCUGGAGAGGGUCACAGUUUCCAUGGCACCGGAGGCAGCGGCAGUACGAAGGCUCAGAUGCGAUAUUGUGUCAGGACACUGAGAUCUGUGACAUCUGCAGGCGAAGAGUCCGUCAACCAGGACCUGUGUGACCAAGGAAUCAUCAGCCAGCUUCUGGGGAUUUUGAUGCAGAUGGAGGAAGGUUCAGAUGAAGAUGACGUAGUCACUCUGGAGAUGAAGUCUGAUAUCCAGCUGAUACUUUCUGCGCUGUGUGAGACUGAAAUGCACAGAAAGGAACUGUUUGGGUCAGAGGGAGUGGAGAUGGCGAUUCACUUCUUGAGGAAAGGCUCAGACAAGUUCUACAGCGGCCUGGGACACAACAAGCUGAUCCUCUCCACCGUCGACUGCGUCUGGUCCUGUAUCGUGGGGUGCUACACCACAGAAGACUACUUUUUGGCUAAACAGGGGGUGUUUCUGCUGCUGGACUUACUCAGUUCCAGCCCCAGAUGCGUGCAUGGCGUCGUUCUCGCCACCCUGCUGGAAUUAUGUGACAACCCUAGCGCACUGUCCCACAUCCUGAGCUGGACGGACGAGGGCGGUCGCUCGGCUCCCAGGCUCCUGCUGCAGCUUUGGAAGGAGGAGGAGGAGGAGCUGGGAGUCCGUCGAGACACACACGGGGUGAUUGCAGAUCCUCAAAAGCCCAUCCUGAGCUCGUACCAGGAGGAGGACUCCCAGCUGCUGUUUGCUGACAACAUGCUGAGUGCAGCAGUACUCGAGAUAUCAGAGAACCUGCGGUCAAAGAUUUACUCCAUCUUCGCCAGACUUGGUUUCCAGGACCUGCCUGGAUUGUCAAAACCUGAUCAUGUGACCCUGAGCAUCGUCAGGAGAUAUCUGGACUUUAAGGUCUGUGAGGUGUGGGAGGAGAUCAGCAGGGAAGUCAGACUGGACGGGAUGAGGCCCAUCAGUCCCGAUGAAGAGGCUCUCAGCACCAUCUGUAGGAUUUCAGAGGACGCUGCGAAGAAGGUCAUAGCGGAACAGAAGCGCCUCCUGGAGCAACAGGAGAAGGAAGACGCCAGCGAGGAGGAGCACAUGUACAAAGAGAUGAAGUCUCACUGGAAUCAACAGGAGCUUGAGGCGAAAUCUUGGGACCGCUAUAUUUCUAAAUCUUUAAACUAUGAGACCUUGAAGAAACACACUGAGUCGUCCAGAAGCAAAUCAGAGCUCGCUGAUGCUGCGCUUCACACUGAAGAGCGCUUCACUGAGCAGGUCACGUCAGACACCCAGGAGCCGGUAGGAGUCAAGCUGACAGUGGCCAGAGCUUCACUGAAGACUGGAGCUCAGGACCAAGUCCAAGCAACAGCACAGGACCCAGAGUACUUCAGCACCGCGUCUGUCAAAGGCUCAUGAGGCGUUGUAUUAGUUCAACAGCAGCUCUUUGUUGAAACUUAUUAAUAACGAAGCAGAGACAAACGUAACUAUGUAGUUUAUUAACAUAUGUGCAUCAUUAUUAAUAUUUUAAUUUUUAGCUGGCAUAUUUACACAAAAGCAUGUUCUGCAGCUCGUAACGUACUGUAGCAGCUUAUUUCUUAAGCUGUUUAUAAUAAAAGCAGCUGAAAUAUUAAAGCUAAUACCAGAGUUUAUAGGAUUUCGCUGCAUGUUGCCACCACAGUGUGUGAUUACUUUUAUAACGUGGGUAAGAAGCUAAAAGCUGACAAACAGGACUCUCUGACUUUACUGAAGUUAUUGAAGUUUGCUUGAAGGAAAAGAUCUCCCUCAUGACGAAGUGCCCAAAGUUAAUUAUACAACAUUCCAGGCAGCAGCCAAAUGAAGCACCUGUGUCAGACACUUGAUUCAACCUCUGUAGUUGCAGCUACAGUGUUAGACCACCUGCUGUGUUGUUUCUAAUGUAAUGUUUUUGCCUGCACUGAUGCAAAUAUUAUUGUAUUUAUGAAUUAAAUCUACUUUAAACUA